GUUGGUCUGUGUGGAAGAGAGGAGCUGUAUUUCUUUCCACUGCUUUUAAAGAACAUCCCAGAGAUUACACUGAACCAUGAGUGAGAGGCAAGGAUCAGGGGCAAUGGGUGGCAACAGCAAAAACUCUGGAGGACAAGAUGCUUCCAAAAAGGAUGCUCCCGAGGACUUUGAUAUCGACAUGGACGCCCCUGAAACUGAGAAGGCAGCUGUCGCCAUCCAAUCACAGUACAGGAAGUUCCAGAAGAAGAAGCAUGAUGACAAGUCCUAAUGGCUGUGGAGGAGAAGACCCAACUUCUGUCCACCGGAAUGGUGUGGUGUGAUGAUACUGCAUGUGAUAGAAUGUCAUUAUGUUUGGGACUCAAGGAAGGAGUAAGGACUGAAAAAAGGAAAGAUGCAACCUCUCAAGCACUGACAUGUUUCAUUAUGUAUUUUAUUAAUUAAUUAAUCAAUCAAUAAGUCUAUCAAUCAAUAUUGGAGCAAUGCCAAACAAGAACCAUUUUGGUUCUAAAAGUACCUUUUAAUGGAUGGUUGCUUUGCAAUGUUUAAACCAUCGUAUUAAAGGUUCUAUAGAGAACAAAAAGUGGUUCUUGUAUGACUUUUCUCCAAAUAAUUUAAGGAUUGUUUAUUUUUGGGUUGUAUUAUUGUAUUUUUUGCUUACUGCUGCUUCGAUAUAUUUUAGAAAUGUAGUGUUAUAAAUUCAACUAGAUGCAUCCAAAAUAUCUGUUCAAGAGGAUACCACUACUUUUUAAGCUUGAGGUCGCCAUGCAAUGCAGAUUUCUUGAAAGUCUGUUUGUAGGCUGUGUAAAAAUGCAUCUAUUUCUCUUUCUGUAACUGUGUCAUGCUAAUGAAAGAGGACAGAGUGGAGUAAAUAGUGUGUAACACUCUGUUCUACUUCUCAGAGGACCUUUAGAUACUUUGUAUCCAUAAAUAAUUCACUGCAUUAAUGUGCUGUUUACUGAAUUCCACAUUCACUGGUUUGAUACAGCAGAUUGCAUUAAAACUGAAGAUGAAAGGACUGAUUUUGUUUUUAUUUCUUGAUAUUUGUUUCAGGAUAAAAAUGAAGUCUAUGAAUAAACAUACAUGCAUCUUUGAAA